UCACAUAUACCCAAAAGAGAAAAGGACAAAAAAGGGAAAAAAUGAAAAAAGUAAUAAAGAUGAAUAUACUCUCGCGCAUACUCACACUUCCCUUCACCCCCUCUUCUUUUUAGCUCACUUCACUCAACCACUUCAGUCCUCACACCCCCCACCCCACCCCCCCUCCCCACCCUAUCCUCUUCUCCUUCUUCAAAAGCACAAACUUACAUAAAUAAUACAGUGAGACAAAAUAUGGACAGGCUGCACAAAAUGCGUUUCCUCUUACUUUUCCUCCUGGUCCUCCACCUCCAUCUCCGCCGCUGCUCCGCCGCGCGGAUGCCGGAGUCCCGCGCCUUGCUCUCAAUCAAAGCCGCCAUCACCGACGACCCCCAAUCCGCGCUGGAGUCGUGGAACCCUAACAACACCAACCACUGCACUUGGAAGGGGGUCACCUGCGACCGCUCCGGCCGCCACGUCAUCGCCGUCGACAUCUCCGAACUCAGCCUCACCGGCACCCUCUCCCCCGACAUAGGCCACCUCCGCUUCCUCCUCAACUUCUCUGCCGGCGCCAACUCCAUCUCCGGCCCUGUUCCUCCCUCGAUAUCCGACAUUCCCAACCUUCGCUUCCUCAACCUCUCCAAUAAUAUCUUCAACCUCUCCUUCCCCCCGCAGCUUUACCGCCUCCGCAAUCUCGAGGUUCUCGACCUUUACAACAAUAAUAUUACCGGCGAGUUCCCCAAGCAGGUGCACCUGCUCGCCAACCUACGCCAUUUGCAUCUCGGCGGGAAUUUCUUCUCCGGAGAAAUGCCCUCGGAAUUCGGCACGUUUCAGCAUCUCGAGUACCUGGCUGUUUCCGGCAACGAGCUCACCGGAGCGAUACCGCCGGAGAUCGGAAACCUGACGCAGCUGAAGGAACUUUACAUUGGGUAUUUCAACGUAUUUACCGGCGGACUUCCUAAGGAGAUUGGGAAUUUAUCGCAAUUGGUGCGGUUUGACGCCGCUAGCUGCGGCCUUACAGGCGAGAUUCCGCCCGAGAUUGGGAAACUGCAGAAUCUCGACACUCUUUUCCUCCAAGUGAACGGCCUUUCCGGUAGCCUGACGCCAGAGCUUGGCUACUUGAAAAGCUUGAAAUCUAUGGAUCUGUCCAACAAUGUGUUCACCGGUGAAAUACCGCCGUCGUUUCAGCAGCUCAAAAACAUAACUCUCUUAAAUCUGUUCAGAAACAAGCUCACCGGCUCGAUACCGGAUUUCAUCGGCGAGUUGCCGGAACUGCAGGUUUUGCAGUUGUGGGAGAAUAAUUUUACCGGCGUAAUCCCGCAGAAUUUAGGAAACAAUGGAAAGCUUCAAGAGGUAGAUGUCAGUUCCAACAAAUUGACCGGAACUCUUCCCCCAAAUCUGUGCAAUGGGCAUCAGCUGCACACCCUAAUCACUCUGGGUAACUUCCUCUUCGGACCGAUUCCUGAGUCACUCGGUCAGUGCGAGUCGCUGACUCGGAUUCGGAUGGGCGAAAACUAUCUCAACGGUUCGAUUCCGAAAGGAUUACUGAGUUUGCCUAAGCUAACUCAAGUUGAGCUUCAAGACAACCUUCUCUCCGGUGCUUUUCCGGAUACUGAUGGAUUGUCUGCCGGUCUGGGCCAAAUCAGUCUCUCCAACAAUCAUCUCGCCGGCGAUUUGCCGCCAAGCAUCGGGAGUUUUGUUGGCGUUCAGAAGCUUUUGCUUGACGGCAACAAAUUCUCUGGCAGGAUUCCGGCCGAGAUAGGGAAGUUGCAGCAGCUGUCAAAGAUGGAUUUCAGCCACAACGACUUCACGGGGCCCAUUGCGCCUGAGAUUAGCAAAUGCAAGCUUCUGACAUUCGUCGAUCUCAGCCGGAAUCAGCUGGCCGGCGAGAUUCCCGUCGAGAUUACUGGUAUGAAGAUCUUGAACUACUUGAAUUUGUCAAAGAAUCAUUUGGUGGGUAGUAUUCCCUCAUCCAUAGCCAGUAUGCAGAGCUUAACUUCUGUUGAUUUCUCUUAUAACAACUUGUCUGGUUUGGUUCCUGGCACUGGUCAAUUUAGCUAUUUCAAUUACACAUCGUUUUUGGGAAACCCUAAUCUAUGCGGCCCCUAUUUGGGGCCUUGCAAAGAGGGCCUUGCGAGUGGGGUUGCAAAGCCUCAUGAAAAGGGGGCUCUCUCCCCUUCCAUGAAGCUGCUGCUUGUGAUCGGAUUGCUUGUUUGUUCGAUUGUUUUUGCUGUGGCUGCAAUCGUUAAGGCCCGCUCAUUGAAGAAGGCAAGUGAGGCUCGUGCGUGGAAGCUCACUGCCUUCCAGCGCCUGGAUUUCACUUGCGAUGAUGUCUUGGACAGUCUUAAGGAGGACAAUAUCAUUGGGAAAGGAGGUGCUGGCAUUGUUUACAAAGGAGUCAUGCCGAGUGGGGAGCUAGUCGCCGUGAAGAGGUUGCCGGCAAUGAGCCGUGGAUCUUCCCACGAUCAUGGCUUCAACGCCGAGAUACAGACGCUUGGGAGGAUCAGGCACAGGCACAUUGUCAGGUUGUUGGGCUUUUGCUCCAAUCACGAAACCAACCUUUUGGUCUACGAAUACAUGCCUAAUGGAAGCUUGGGGGAGAUGAUUCAUGGCAAGAAAGGGGGUCAUCUGCAUUGGGAUACACGUUAUAAGAUUGCUGUGGAGUCUGCCAAGGGCCUUUGCUACCUUCACCACGAUUGCUCCCCAUUGAUUGUGCAUCGUGAUGUUAAAUCCAACAAUAUCCUCCUCGACUCCAACUUUGAAGCACAUGUCGCUGAUUUUGGCCUUGCCAAGUUCUUGCAGGACUCCGGGACUUCCGAAUGCAUGUCUGCCAUUGCCGGUUCUUACGGAUACAUUGCUCCUGAAUACGCAUACACGCUGAAGGUGGACGAGAAGAGCGAUGUAUACAGCUUCGGGGUGGUGCUGCUGGAGCUGGUGAGCGGGAGGAAGCCGGUGGGGGAGUUUGGGGACGGCGUGGACAUCGUGCAAUGGGUGAGGAAGAUGACUGAUGGAAACAAGGAAGGAGUGCUCAAGAUUCUUGAUCCGAGGCUGCCCACUGUGCCCCUCCAUGAGGUGAUGCAUGUCUUCUACGUCGCAAUGCUCUGCGUCGAAGAGCAGGCCGUGGAGCGCCCCACCAUGCGCGAGGUCGUUCAGAUACUCACCGAGCUGCCCAAGCCACCGCCCUCUAAAGCCGGAGAAUCUCCUCCCCCACCACCAUCGGCAUUGGACUCCCCCACCGCGCAUCCGCCUCAAUCACCCCCGCCGCCACCGGAUCUUCUCAGCAUCUGACGAUGAUGAGCCUGUUUCAAUUGGGAUGGACUAGCAGCAGCUAUAGCUAGUUUUGUUUGGUGCCUUAGUUUCUCAUUUUCCCUAAUGCUUUUAUUUUCUUUUUCUUUUUUGUUUUUAUUUUUUGGGGGGGUGUUUACUGUUUAGUCUAACUUUGAAUGUGUUUGUUAUUGCUUUCGAAGUUUGUGUACAGCUGCAAUGAGGGGCUCUUUUCGUGAUGCUGUAUAAGAAAAUAUUAUAAAUUAGAGGUCUGGUUUAUUGGUGGAUUGAAAAAUGAGAAAAUGGGGCCUUCAUCUUCUUGAA